AUGGAAUCCAGUUUCCGCGUGCGGUUGCCAAGCGCGUCCCAUGUCCGUAUUUUCGGAAGUGCACUCUCCUGUCUAGCCCGCUGCCAGACUGCGUAUUCACUUCAGCGCUUUUCCGAAGCAGGCGCGAAGGAUAAUAGCGCUUUCGAAGGCAUCUGGCUCGCGGCCUCUGCCUCAAGCCUAACUUUAUCCAUUCAGAAUUUGGGAUGCGUUGCGGAAAUCAGUUUCCCCCGCGCAUUCUUCUCACGCGAGCAGGGCGGGCGUCUAGAAGCGCCUCCAGGUCGGACGCUCUCUGUCAGUGUCGACCCAGUAUUAUGGUGGCCGGUGUUCCGGCAUGCCGUCGGGAGUGCGGGUGCUGCUGCAAAUGUCGAGCGCCGACGCGCUCACCCUGGCACACCCUCGGGCCCAAAAGCGCCAUCGAACGCUUCCGGCGGGGUACCGGUCGAGCAGCUAGAAAUACGUGCAGAUACGCGUGAUCGUGAACUGGUGCUCGAUGCAGUAGCCUCCGUUGGAUAUGCGUUGGGUCGCAAGGCCCGUCCUCCGGUUGGAUUCCACGACAACCGACAUUGGCGUUUCCAAUUUCGUUUCCAAGCUCUGAUGCGGUAUCAGGCAUUGUCGCUGAACGAGCGUUCAGCACCUGAACACUAUCGCUGUCGCAUGCGCUUCGCACCGCGCGUCUUCCUCGAAGCGCUCUCGAAUAUGCAUCGUCGUGUUGUUCACCUACACUUCUAUUUCGAGCAACAUCAAUUGCGUUUAGCGAGUGCGGUAACGGAACAGCUCGCGAGACACUAUGGUGAGCGGCCAGAUUCGCGCAUCGUGUCGCUGCAUACCCAAGUGAAGAUUGAUGGCAGUGAGCUCGAUGUGUACGAGGGCUUUGCGCAGUUCUUCCAGGAGGCAGGCACGAAUCAGAACCUGGAUGAUGCCGAGAAUCGAUCGGCUUUCGAGACCAGCAUUUCAUCGGGCAGAACUGUUUUCGUUGUCCCGCUCCGUCCGUUCAAAGCUUGGCUGGAGCUCAGCCAGCGGCUUCAGUGCUCAGUGUGGAUGCUAUACGAGUCGGGUGGACAACUGAUGCUGCGACUCGAGAAGGCACCUGCCACUGAUUACGCGCAGCACCUGAGCGCCGCCACGGAUGCACAGUCAGUUAUGGGAGAUACCUGGCCCGCAGACUUUACAGACGACUCUCAGCUCUUGUCAUCCUUGCUUUCGGCAGACAUGCAACUGAAUAUUCGAGGAAGCGCUAGUCUCACUAGUGCAUUGUCAUCGCUGGGGCAGGCACAGCAUGGGACAUGGCUCGUUGCUGCGAGUGCCAGAAAUUCUAGCGCUGCAUUGGAGCACACACAGAACCAGAACGACGCGAGUCGUGCGGCACUCAUAGCAGCACCGUGCAUCGCGAAUGGGAGCGACCGCCUUCCAUUCGGAUCAUCCUCCUUGUUGCACGUGGACGAGGCCGCCAGAGACAUUCCGCAAGCAGCGCUCUUCGCUGAUCAUUCCCGAACCGCCAGCCCCGUCUUGAACUCUGGUGAUAACACUGAAUCUGAUGACGAGAGCGAGCGUUCGGUUGGCGGCACCCCGCCGCCAGUAGCAUCCUUUAUCGCAGAUGUCUGGCCUAGUUAG